AUGGAGUCUUUGAAUGCCGUAGAGCUCCAUGAAUUGGGGGAUGGGGAAAAGCGCGCUGCCUACGAGGCCGCUACAACUCCGCGACAAGGACCUCGGACAGCGGCCAGAGCUGGAAUCGAGAACAGGUCAUAUCAGGAGGAAGAGCACGAGAUGAGGUUCAGUGGCCCAGCCAGCUCGAGUCUUCAUCGGUCCAUUUCUAAUGAUAGGGGCUACCAGACACAACCCCAGCCUUUCCAGCGAGAUGAGCUGUCACUCCGGUCUGAGGAGGGCCAUGUGACUGACUUCAAUGACCAUUCUGUCGACUAUGGGUUCAUAUUUGCCCUGUUGUUCUUGGUGAGUGGAAUAGUACUGGUGAUCAUUGCCUACACCAUCCCCCGAGAGGCUAAGGUCAACCCGGACCUGGUGUCAGCUCGUCAGAUGGAGAAACUGGAGAUGUACUAUGCACAACUGGGCUCACACCUCGACAAGUGUAUCAUAGCAGGCCUGGGACUGUUGACUCUAGGCGGGAUGCUCUUGUCCAUCUUGCUAAUCGUGUCCAUAUGCAAAGGUGAGCUGUACGGCCAGAGGACUUUUGUCCAACCCACGAAGACAUAUGGGUCGAUUCACCUGCGGAUGAGACAGUUGGGCGAGGGGGGAGAAUCUCUGGUUGAAUGUGAACCUAGUCACACUGGCACCACAGCUCCAGCCACAAGUACAGAUGGAACACAGGUGUCUAGUGGGACCCAACAGGAGUAG